GACUUGCCCAUCACGAUGACUCGUUGGCCCCGCCCCUAAGUGACGCAUGCGUGGAGGAUAUGUUCUUCGCAGCAAAGUCCUCCUUUACUCCACACACGCUUCUAAGCCUCGGCACAUCUACUAACUACACUUUAUUCAUCCUCCGUGUCAGCAUCAACUCCACUCGUCUCACUCAACUUUGGACAUUAUUGGGCCCGCUUAGAUUGCUCCUUGUUUGAGCGCGCUAGUUAGCUUAGCAUGCUAGUUAGCUUAGCUUGUUAGCCGCUAACAAAGAGACGCGGAUUUGAUCAACACAUCGCUUAGUUAAGAUCAAGUGUGAGUGUAAAGUGUUGUGAUUGUGUGGAAAUGUGUGAAAGAACCAUAGCAGAGUACGAGGAGGAACUUUGUCCAACAAAAGAGGAGAAGGAGCGACCACAUCAAAAACCUCAAGUUGUGUUACACAGAACAGAUGUCCAGCAGCCCCCUCACAUUAAAGAGGAAGAGGAGAAUCCACAGCCCCCUCACAUUAAAGAGGAAGAGGAGAAUCCACAGCCCCCCCACAUGAAAGAGGAAGAGGAGGAAGUGUGGAUCAGUCAGGAGGGAGAGUGUCCUGUAGGGCAGGAGGAGGCUGAUGUCAGCAAGUUUCCACUGACUGUUGUCUCUGUGAAGACUGAAGAGCAUGAAGACAAACCACCUGAGUCCUCACAGCUUCAUCACAGUCCAAAUGUCGAAGAACAUCUUUUUCGUGAGCAGGAAGAGGAACCACAGCCCCCCCACAUUAAAGAGGAAGUUGAGACGCCACAGACCCAUAAUGUUAAACUGACCCUUCACAUUAAAGGGCAAGUGGAGGACCCACUGAACUUACACAUCAAAAAUAAAGAGGAGGACCCACUGACCCCUCACAUUAAACAGGAAGAGGAAGACCAAGAUACGCCGCACAUUAAAGAGGAAGAGGAGGACCAAGAGCCGCCGCACAUUAAAGAGGAAGAGGAGGACCAAGAUACGCCGCACAUUAAAGAGGAAGAGGAGGACCAAGAGCCGCCGCACAUUAAAGAGGAAGAGGAGGAAGAGGGCAUCAGUCAGCCUAAAUGGUUGGAGGAGUUCCCAGUGACUGGUGUCCCUGUGAAGAGUGAAGAUGAUGAGGUGAAAGGUGAAAGUGAGGAGAGGGGAGGGGGGGAGCCUCCAAGCAGCAGCUCAACACAACACAUGACAACAGAAGCUGAUGGAGACCACUGUGGAGGAUCACAAGCAGACAAGCUCUUAGCUCCACUAUCAGAUAGUGAGGACACAACGUCACACUCUCCUGACACUGAUGAUGAAGACUCUAAAGAUGAUAAGACAUGUCACACUGACAACACUCACUUCACAUGUUCUCACUGUCACAAAACCUUUAAAUACCAUUGUAGUCUGAAAGUACACAUAAGAUCACACACUGGAGAAAAACCUUUUUCUUGUUCACUCUGUAGUAAAGGUUUUACACAACGUCAGAAUUUGAAAGUACACAUGAGAACACACACUGGUGAAAAACCUUUUUCUUGUUCAACCUGUGGUAAAGGUUUUACACAACGUCAAAAUUUGAAAGUACACAUGAAAACACACACUGGAGAAAAACCUUUUUCCUGUUCGACCUGUGGUAAAGGUUUUACAAAUAGUACAGAUGUGAAAACACACAUGAGAACACACACUAGUGAAAAAACUUUUCCCUGUUCAAUCUGUGGUAAAGGUUUUACAAGAAGUCAACAUUUGAAAGUACACAUGAGAACACACACUGGUGAAAAACCUUUUUCUUGUUCAAUCUGUGGUAAAGGUUUUACAGAAAGUAAUAAUUUGAAAAGACACAUGAGAACACACACUGGAGAAAAACCUUUUUCCUGUUCGACCUGUGGUAAAGGUUUUACAAAUAGUACAGAUGUGAAAACACACAUGAGAACACACACUAGUGAAAAACCUUUUUCUUGUUCAAUCUGUGGUAAAGGUUUUACAGAAAGUCAGAAUGUGAAAUUACACAUGAGAACACACACUGGUGAAAAAACUUUUCCCUGUUCAAUCUGUGGUAAAGGUUUUACAAGAAGUCAACAUUUGAAAGUACACAUGAGAAUACACACUGGUGAAAAAGCUUUUUCUUGUUCAACCUGUGGUAAAAGUUUUACACAAAGUCAACAUUUGAAAGUACACAUGAGAACACACACUGGUGAAAAAUCUUUUUCCUGUUCAACCUGUGGUAAAGAUUUUACACAAAGUCAAAAUAUGAAAGUACACAUGAGAACACACACUGGUGAAAAAUCACAUUCCUGUUGAAUAUGCAACAGAAACUUUUGUGACCGAUCAACCCUUGUAGCACACAUGAGAACACACCCAGGAGAGAAAGUGUUGAGUUGCAGUGUGUGUGGUGAAAGAUUGUCUUCUAAGUAGCAGUGUAAGAAACACAAGUGUGCUGGUGAGAACAGCAGCAGCAAAUGAAACUGCAGGAUUUGAAAUAAACUGUCCAGACUUUCAUUUUGACUUUCUAACAACAUCAGCACAUAUAACAUGUGUGACAUUGUUGUUUGUCCAACAAUCUUUUUAAUAUGCUUCUACAUUUAUAGAUUAGAUAGUUGGAAAUAUAAAAGUAUUACUUAUUUGUACUUGUAAUUGUUGAUAAUCCCAUAGAUUAUCACCUUUAUAUGAUAUACAUAUGUACUGGUUCACAUCUGAAACAUCUUCUGGACCACUUCAGGAAGCAUAUUAUUAUUUACUUUAUACAUCAUUUAAACAGUUGUCUUUUAUACAAUUUUAAAAUGUGUGACUUUAUGAAUCAUUUGUUGGGUCUCUGUAAUCCAUUUUAUUAAUCAUCUUUACUACUCUCUUUUGUAAUAUGAUGAUUGUGUUGUGAUUUUUUUAUACUUUAACUUAAUAUGUAUGUACUUGUUCGUUUAUGCAAUAAAAAGUGAGAGAAAAUGGCUGAGUUGUCUGUGGAAGGAUGUUUUGUUUUUACUAACAUACAUUUGUGGGUUAAAAAAAAAUCCCCACUAUUGUGUUUUAAACAUUCUUUACCUUUUUUAACAUCCCCAAAACAAUAUCAAUCAAAGUUUGGAAUGUCAGGCAAAAGCCAAUAUUGUACAUCAUCUCACAGAGCUUUAUUUUGCAUACAUUCAUGAAAAAAAAACGUUUAAUUUGUUUCCCUAUCACAGAACGAACAAGUGUUGUCUUCAAUUGCAAAACAACAUCUUAAAAAAUAUUUUAAAUUUUUUCCUUAAAUUAACUCCUUGGCGUUUGGAAGAAUGGAAACUUUCAAAUUAUGAGUUUUAUUUUUUUGUUCCGGAGAAAAUACAAUAAAGAAGAAAUGGUAAAUAAUUAAAAAAAAAAUAUAUAUAUAUAUAUUUACUGGAAUUACAAUAUUUUGAACAAAAGCCUUUAUAAUUGCUUAAAAUAUUGUGUCUGUUUGCAGGUCAUACUUAAUGAAAUCUUCAAAUAAUAAAAUACUUUAUCAGUCAAUAAGUGCAUCAGUGACCAAAUGCCUUUUUCAAACCAUUGCUGUUCAAAGAUGGAUUUGUUUCUCAUUUUAAUAUAAGAACAAUUCCAUAGUGGAGUAUUGUGUGUGAUGAAGUUGUGUUUGUAAAUUAGUUUCCAGUACAACAACACUUGCUGGUAGGGAUGGGUACUGUUCACUUCUAAUUCCAUGUUUUAUGUGUUAUAUAUGUCAAUAUAUUGUGUGUUUGUAUUUUGCCAACAUGGUAGAAUCACAUGGGGCUUCACGGUGGCAGAGGGGUUAGUGCGUCUGCCUCACAAUACGAAGUUCCUGCAGUCCUGGGUUCAAAUCCAGGCUCGGGAUCUUUCUGUGUGGAGUUUGCAUGUUCUCCCCGUGACUGCGUGGGUUCCCUCCGGGUACUCCGGCUUCCUCCCACUUCCAAAAACAUGCACCUGGGGAUAGGUUGAUUGGCAACACUAAAUGGUCCCUAGUGUGUGAAUGUGAGUGUGAAUGUUGUCUGUCUAUCUGUGUUGGCCCUGUGAUGAGGUGGCGACUUGUCCAGGGUGUACCCUGCCUUCCGCCCGAUUGUAGCUGAGAUAGGCGCCAGCGCCCCCCGCAAAGAAAAUGGAUGGAUGGAAUUACUGUCUUUUGUAAUAUGAUGAUUGUGUUGUGAUUGUUUCAUAUGUAUGUCCCCAGACCUUUAUGCAAUAUAAAAGUGAGAGAAAAUGGCUGAAUUGUUUGUGGAAGGAUGGCUUUGUUUUUCAAACUUACAUUCGUGGAUAAAACAAAAACUCCUAUUAUUGUGUUUUAAACAUUUUUAUGGUUGUUUUUCUUUUUAACAUCCCCAAAACAAUAUCAAUAUCAAUCAAAGUUUGUCUUUUUAGGCAAAAGCCAAUAUUGUACAUCAUCCUACAUAGAUUUACUUUGCAUACAUUCAUAAAAUAAACAGUUUAUUUUGUUUCCCAAUCACAGAACGAACAAGUGUUGUCUUCAAUUGCAAUUCAAUAUCCUAAAAAUGAUUUUAAGUGGUCAAUUCCGGGGUUGUUUUUUUUCCAAAAUGAACCCCUUUGCCUUUGGAAGAAUGGAAACUUUCAAGUUCUAUUUUUUUUAAUAUACUAUUGAAGAAAUAGUAAAUAAUUACAAAAGAUGGUAUGCUGUAAUUAGAAUGUUUUUUACAAAAGCCUUUUAUUUUUAGUAAUUAUUUUUAUUUGCAGGUUAUAGUUAAUGAAAUCUUCAAUUCAUAAAAUACUUUUCUCACUCAAUAAGUGCAUCAGUGACCAAAUGCCUUUUUCAAACCAUUGCUGUACAAAGAUGGAUUUGUUUCUCAUUUUAAUAUAAGAACAAUUCCAUAGUGGAGUAUUGUGUGUGAUGAAGUUGUGUUUGUAAAUUAGUUUCCAGUACAACAACACUACUCUAGCCUUGACUGGAGGGCAAAGCAGGUCUAAAUAGCAACCGGCCUAUUGACAGUCCAGGUGUGGCCAGGUGCCAAUCAGCCGCAUCUGAGGGGAAACAGCUCUCAGAGAGACAAGCAGGAAACUGAACCAAAAUAAGAGCGCUUACAGGAAAUAAAAACAAACACAGAGGAAAAAACAUAACUAAACUGUCAGUGACAAAUUUGACACAUUUAUUAAAAAAACAAAACUUCUAUUUGUUAAUAUGAAGGUGAAAAUGUAACAAAGACCAGCAUAUGUUUAAUUGAACUGUUUACAAAAGUUUACAAUUCAGAAACUAUUGAUAGAAGUGUUUCAUGCUUGUAUAAGAAAUCAUAUUCAACUUUAUAUGUUAAAACAAAAUGGGAGAAGGAAGGAGGGAUAACUACAUCUGAGGAAGAAUGGACAAUAAAAAGGAGAUAUCAAUGGACUUGUAGCAGCUCACCCAAGUGGAGAGUUUGGCUGGGAAAGUUUUAUUCCACCUUCUCAGAAGUCUCAGUAUGAUAACAACUCCCCUGCCUGUUGGACAAAUUGUGGGAAUCUAAAGGCAAACCACUAGCAUGUUUUCUGGGACUGCUCUGCCAUAAAGGACUAUUGGAAAGAGAUACACCAAGCUCUACAGGAUAUUUUCAAAUCACCCCUUGAAAGUAACAUUCUGUUUUUCACACAUCGCACCUCAGGAUUGGCUGAAAAAAGAGAAAUACUUCAUGAAUAUCCUACUA